AAAUAUAAAUACACAACUUUUAAAAAAAUAAAGCCUCUCUCUCCCCUUCUCCUCCCAACCCCGGCCAGCCAACACCUCCCUGUAACCCAACCACCACUGCAGCCACCCAAGCCCAAACAACCAAAUCGCCCCAUGGGGCAAUUUUGACUUAUCGUAUGUUAUUGGCUUGGCACAAUGGUUAUAGGAGAGAAUGAGAAUACUAAGUUGGGCCCAUUCAUCCUACUCGUAUUCUCGUCGCAAUUGCAAGCAUCACAACUUAAUUCUUCAGUUCCAAUUUUGUGCACUCUUCUCCGUCACUUUGUCUCUCACGAAACCAGCUGAGGUUGUGUAAAAUGUGGGUAAUGUCAUAAAACGAAGGAGGCUCUGGCAAAAUUCUGACCGAGGAAAAUUGGCUUUAAAAGUUCAGCCAUCCCAUUUUCAAAUCCUGGGACCAUCAUCAAACGCUGAACAGACUGGAAACACUGACCCACUGUGACAGAGAAAUUAAGUCCCAAUGGAUCUCACUCCAUUUAAGCGUGACAUUGAUGAGCUUAUAGAUGCAUUUGCUGAGGGUGAAUCAACGAGUUUGGCUGACAUGAAGAGAAUUUGGCUUUCCAAAAAGUUCUCUUACAUUUACGAGGCACGUCCUUCUACCAACUUGGCCUUCUUUAUGCAGUCAUUAUAUGCCCAUUCAAUUGGAUACAUAAUCGGUACAGCUACUUUAUCGCACAAACUGGGUGGGCUCUAUUGCCUCUUCUGUCUCUAUGAGACUCAACCAUUCAAACCUCCUUUUAAGAUUUAUCUAUCUCUUGAAGAACUGAAGAAACUUCGAAAGCUGGUUAUUAAUGCAAAGGAACACGAUUUAAGAGUGGUAUCUGCUUUGGUGAAAAGGAUGCUAGAAAAGAAUGUUUUCCUGUUUGGCUCUGUAGACACAAAUGAAGGCUCUUUUACAGAGACGGUAGACCAACUGACACAGUUACAGAAUGCUCGAGUUCAAGUUGCAUACAAGGAGUUAUUUGCUAAUACUAAGAUUGAGGACUUUCUCCACAUGGAUUUGGGAAUGGAAGUUGACCUGAAUAUGCUCAAGAAAAUGUCAACAGAUUAUGCAGAGGCCAAGAAAAUAGCAAUUAAUGAGGCCAGCAAGGUCGUGGAUGUUCAAGAUAUAAAGCACAUAUCAGAAGAUAAGGAACUGGUUGGAGAUGCAGUGGAGAAGAUGGUAGGGCACUGGGAUGCUCAAAGAGAAUUGUUUUAUCAACAAACAGGAGCAAAUCAGAAGCUCCCUGAAGGAGAGCAGCAACUAGAACCAAAGCAGCUGCAGCUGCAUCUGCAGCUCCUGAGUGAUGAUGAGAACUUUGAUCAGGAAUUGGAACAACUGCUAUCUGAAACAUGAUCAUACAAGCUGUUGAAAAACAAGGCUUCAUUGCCCUCUAUGGAUGAUAAUACUAGGGAUCCGGCAGCUGGCAAGGUUGAUGGCUGGAUUUUUUCUGAAGUUGUUAUGACUUUUAUUUUGAUACUAAGGUCUCAAGUUUCAAAAGAAGGUGAUGGAAUCCAGCGGCUGCUUUUUUUUAGGUGUUUCAUGAGACAAGUGCUAUCUAUGUUGAAUUUUGUACAUAUUAGUGUUUGGUUGCAAAGUUAUGAACAAUGGCUCUAGUGAUCUCAUUUGAUACAUUUUCCCUUCAAUUGGAUUGCCCAAGGGAAAAUGUAAAGAAAAUGAGAAUUCAAUGCACAUAUUAGCUUUGACCAAGAAUCUGACUUUCCAUGAUGACAUGUUGACUUUGCACCACCUCUCCUUAUUCCAAUAUAUAUAAAA